AUGAAUUCUCUAUUUCGUGCCUUGCCCAUCUUGCUACUUUGUCAUGUCUCACUUUGCAAGGUAGUGCGCGAAGUUCUUACUUUGACAUGGGAAGAAGGGGCGCCCAAUGGCCAAGUACGAGAGAUGGUGAAAAUGAAUGGCCAGUUUCCUGGGCCGAAUUUUAUAUGGGAAGAGGAUGAUGACAUAGAGAUUCUCGUUCACAACGUAAUGCCUUUCAACACCAGCAUUCAUUGGCAUGGGAUUGAGCAACUAGGAACACCUUGGUCAGACGGCGCCACAGGAGUGACCCAAAUACCUAUCGAAGUAGGAGAAAGCUUCAUUUACCGAUUCAAGGCGAUUCCAUCUGGUACGCACUGGUAUCAUGCCCACACCAGGUCGACCAUUUUGGAUGGGCUAUACGGCGGUAUUUUCAUUCGGCCAAAGGAAGAUACCCCAACACCAUGGCACAUGGUUUCUGAGGAUCCUGUUGAUAUCGCUGCGAUCCAAAAAGCCACCGAAAAGCCUGAGUUUGUGGUAAUUUCUGACUGGAGUCAAUUCAAGUCCUGGGAAUAUCUUGAAGCCGAAGAUGAUGCUAACAUCAAUCUAUUUUGUGUGGAUAGUAUUCUUAUUAACGGAAAAGGUAGCUUGUUUUGCCCCGGAGAGGAUUACCUUAUUGAGAAUACGAUGAGGUUCAUUAAAUGGGCGAUAUACCCACAUGAGGUUACGGAUAAGGGGUGCUUGCCUCACGUUUUCUCCACACAACGCCACUUCUUGCGUAUAGCGAAGCCAGAAAAAGUACCUCUUCAUUUGCACAAGGGUUGUGUUUCUACUGAGGGAAGUCGCGAAAUAAUUGAAGUUGACCCAAUCGAUGGUUGGGUCAGCUUAAAUUUCAUUGACGCGUCGACGUUCAAAGCAACAGUUGCCGCAAUCGAUGCGCAUCAAAUGUGGAUAUAUGAAGUGGAUGGUCAUUACAUUGAGCCACAAAAAGUCGAUGCUAUGCUGCAGUUUACCGGAGAAAGGUAUGCUGCAUUGAUCAAACUCGAUAGGCCUGGAAAAGACUACACAAUCCGAGUUGCAGACGAUGGUAAUGCGCAGGUCAUAUCCGCCUUUGCGACUCUGAGAUACAAGAACAGAGUCCCAGAUCUCACAGAGACAAAAGGGGUCAUUGAUUAUGGUGGGCAGAAUGUCACACCGGUUAUUUGGCUUGAUCGCAAUAAUCUUCGGCCAUAUCCUCCCCUAUAUCUUGCUGACCAUGCCGACACUUUGUUUGUCUUCAGGACUGCAAAAUGGUCGAAGGCCUGGCAGCAUACCCUAAGCGGCGGAGGAAUGUGGCUGGAAGACACCACGGCAUACGACCCACUGCUUCAUAAUCCAUAUUCAGACACCGCACAGAACGAUAGUCUGGUUGUAACGACAAAGAACGGAUCCUGGGUCGAUCUUGUCAUUCAAGUGGCGUCGUUUCCCGGUCAGGAUAAGGAUGCGCCUCACACCAUACACAAGCAUACUACGAAGAUGUGGCAAAUCGGUUCUGGGGAAGGUGACUGGAAUUAUUCCUCUGUUGAGGAGGCAAGAUUAGCCCAGCCUGAAGCAUUCAACUUCGACAACCCUAACUUUCGGGACACAUUCGUUACGGGUUUCGCCGACGGACCGAUAUGGAUCGUCAUGCGGUACCAGGUUACUAACCCCGGACCGUGGAUGCUCCACUGUCAUGUGGAAACACAUCUGGCCGCAGGUAUGGCGGUGACCAUACUGGAUGGUAUCGAUGUCUGGCCGGAGGUUCCUCCCGAAUACGCAAACGGACGCAACGGAAUGCUUGAUGGCCAAAGUAUUGACUGGAAAAUCUGGAAGAACGGCGUUGAGAACCCGAUUAAUUCUGCGGGAGUUUCUGAUUCCUCAGAUGGUACUACUUCCCAGGAUAAUGCAUCUGCAGAAGCCGGCCAGAAUGAAGCUACAUGGAAAGGCUUUACCGAAAAGCUCACCCACUUUCUGCAAAAUUGGUCCCCACAGCGCCGAGCUUAG